AUGGCCUUUCAAGGAACACCCCCCUUCUUUCAAGAUGUCCCGUAUACCAGGAGAUGGGGAUGUUUGAAGCCAACAAUCCGUUGUUUAUACAUUGACGAAGAUUUGAAGCCAAAUCAGCUUGCACGGAAAAUGAAAGACGAUUUUCGAUUUGAUGCGCUGUAGGUACAAGAAUGCAUUUUUCAGGACCCAAUCCUUUUGUAGCUGACAAUCCUGUAGAGAACACCAGUACAAAUACAAACUCAAAAAAUGGGGUAUGACCAAAAACAUGCCAUCAAAGAAGAAGGAAUCGGCGAUACUGGCGAUCAGAAAAAGAACAAAAGAUCCAAACUCAAGCAUGAGCAUCAAGUACAACGGCGAGACAAUUGACAAGAGAAAGAUCCGACGACACAUCAGUGACGUAGAGAAGGCAAAGAAAAAACAAGAACAUACACUGCAGCUCAAAAUCAAUUUGUAGGUAUAUCUUUGAAUUGUCCGAGAUUUUGCUGAAUAUUCCAAGUUUCAUCCAAUGGAAUUUGCCCUACAGAGAUUUCAGAUAUUCGUCUGUUACAGCAAACAGUCCCUGGUCGCCCUUUGGGUCCACACCAAGCGAUAUAUCCAUCGGAAGUCCAUUCGGAACUAACUCAGUUAACGCGACCUAGCCAACAAUGCUGGCGAUAAGAGGCAAAAAAUUGAAUGAGAGAGCUCGGCUUUUGUUGUGCUGGGUCUACUUUCUCUUUUGCUCCACUUCCUGAUUUGAUCCACUUAUAGCUCUGCUGCCUAAAUGCUUCAUGUCUGCAUAAAACUAACACUCUUUAUAUAAACACCUUAGAUAGCUACCUUUUACAAUGCAAUCAAUUCUCCAUGACCUUCAGUACCCAAUACCCUUUCAACCCAAUAGCUUUUUAUAACGGGAGCUCACGAUGAUUUGAUGAAGAACAUGGAUCGACGGGAGAAGAAGUAAGUCAGCACUAAACUAUUUGAUGAACAAUUCUAACACACAGCAAAGGAUCCUUACCACUUGGUUGUAUCAAUUCUGGCUGUUUUCGUUUGAAACAGCAAAGCAUUGGGGCCAUGGACCUCUGGAAUGGAAUGCCGAAAUCCUUGAUUUCGAUCGCUAUAAGGACACACAGAUCUCUUCCACAACAGAUACACCCAUGCUAAAUAUCGGGACCCCCUAUCCUGCUACCCCUGGUGCCAUAAUAUCUAGUGAUCAGCAUGAGUCUUUACCCCCAAAACUUUGCAAAUGGACCAUGCACGCGUUCAUUCCGUUUCUAUACGGUCGAGAAUAUGAAUCAUCGUCGGAAGCUGAAGAAAUGAUUUCGAUUGGUGGAGUGAACUGGCCACGAUGGACUGGACCCUUGUUAAGCCAAAAUCUGGACGAGAAGCUUCAAAGAGCGUUAGAAACAAAUACUUUCAGUAACAUCAGAAUAGAAGACUUGCCAGUGGCAAUGGCCCAGAUAGCCAGAAUCACGAAACGUUCUAAAACUCAAAUCGUUUUAGAAGCUUUCAGUUUUAGCAUCAUCGCAAGGAACGAGGAGGUAUUUUGGAAACUUCUAGAUCGAGUCACUUCAGUAGAUUUCGCCGUUUUGGGUCUCUAUCCACACCAUCUGACUACCACAUAUCUUGAUGGGUCGAACACCUGCCGCAACCUUCUUGAUGCCACUGUGAACAACAUCAGAUUCUCAGGGCGACUUUAUAUCAACGAUUAUCGGCAUAAGGUUCUGGAUAAUCUAUUCAUUACGAUACUGAAAGGACAUACAUCUUGUCCUCCUGUGACCGUUGACGAUGCAUUCCAAAAAUUGCGACGAUUUCCGGGUGAAGAGAUCGAUAUAUGUGGACGGUGGGACGCGGACUCUGAAUGUAUUCGUGAACUAUUUGCUGGUGGGAAGGCAUCAAUUCCCUUUGAAUGGAAACACAUGUUCUGCCACACUUCAGCACAGGCAGUUGUCCACUGCAUUGGCCGCAUAUUUGGGCCAGCUGCAGCGCCCGACAUCAAUACACCAAGCGGAUUGUUUGCGAGGAGAUGCCAGUGCUGCGACAAGCAACUAAAACUUCUUCCUUUACAUUCGCUAGUUCUGGUUGCUUUUCACCUUGCAAGGAGUGGAUGUGCAGGCGAGAAACUGUUUGGCAUGCUUACGUGCUUGGUAUGCCUCUUAGCAUAUGGGUGCAAUCCCCUUCUACGAGCAGAUACCUCCCUCAAAGCACUGAUGGGUAUGGAUUGAGCUGACGAGUGUAGCCAUGAGCAACUUGACGCAUUGGAGCUGGCAGAGCGGGUACCUGAACAUCUAAUGACCGGGUGGGCUGACGAGGCGAAACUCGGUUGGCAGGUUUUAUGUGCGGUACUAUCUUUUGCCAGAGAGGAAAGAAGAUCAAGACCAGAACACACUGAUGGCGAUAGACAGGAAUACAACAGGACCCGAGAUAGAGUGGAUGACUUUAGUAGUACGUGGAGUACAGCGACGAUGGCAUGGAUCUCGACGAAUCAAGCGACGUGGAUGAAGGAAGUGGUGAAGAUGGCCCUGACUACUAUGAGCCAUGUCAACACUACAAGUUAAAGCACAACAAUUUCUACGGCCGAAGUAGGACGAUCGGAACGUUAUGGGCGGCCAUACAGACAGAACUUCUUUCUUAUCGACGACUUGAGGAAGGUGACGGCUGGAUGUCAGAGAAAUUCAAUAUGCUCUCCCUUCUACAUGGUCUCAAAAAUGGAGGUAUCAUUCCAGUUACACUUGUGGAGGAUGGUAUGAUGGCUCCAUACUGUGAAUGCGGAAGGUUUCUCGACGUGAUUGAUGAGGCAUGUGUCUGUGUAGCCGAAGCCUGCGCUCAUUAUUUCUGUAAUAUGGAGGACUGGGAAAGGUCCGCAAAUAUUGGACUUCCAGUUGAUAGCACUGGGAUGUGGUAUGACUUUUGA